AAAAGAGUCACUCCCUAAUCUAAUUAAAGCACCUAAAUCGUUCCCAAGUUGGAUAAACGGUGUUGGUGCUCAUGAUUUCUUUUCCCAAGGUACUACAGAAACAGACGGCAAGGGUACGAGUUUGGAAGACCCCACUUCAGAAGACUCGAGAAAUACUGUAAUUCUGGAAAAUCAGACUCAUAAUAGUCAUACAUAUUAUUGGCAUGUGUGCGCUUGCUUCCGACGAAUCGAGAAAAUUGGGGCCUAA